UGUAUUUUGUGGAAUUUUACAAUAGUUAAUGCUGUUAGGGAUGUGGCAUGGCAGAAAAACAGACGAGCAUGAAUUUAUCGCAUAUAGUAUUUCACUUCGAGUAAUGAUCACUGUAAAAUGUUUGAAUAAAUCACCCCUAUAACCGUACAAUGUAUGUACAUACGAUUCUUUUGACGGUCUGUGAGGUAUGAUCUCAUUUCCUGGCAAAUCAUACGUUAUACAUGUAUGCAUAGUAUUUAGAAAUGGCAACUGGAGGUAGUAGUUUUAUAAGUAAACCAGCUAGAGGAUGGCUACACCCAGAUCAUUUAGUGAGUAAAGAAGGAAUCACUUACACCGUAAAGUAUAUAGGCUGUCUUGAGGUAUAUACAUCCAUGAAAAGUUUAGAUUUUGAGACAAGAUCAUGCGUUGCCAAAGAAUGUAUAAACAGAGUUUGUGAAGCGGCUGGAUUAAAAUCUGCUGAUAAAAAGAGAAGGGUGGAUAGAAAAGUGCUGAGAGCAAUAGCAGACAAGCCUCGUAUGGAACAUACAGGUGCCACGAUAAACUUAACUAUCAGUAGUUGCAGUUUAGCUUUGACUAACAUAGAUACUGGAUAUAUUAUUGCCAAACAUGAAAUGCCACGUAUAUCAUUUGCUUCGGGUGGAGAUGCGGAAAUACUGGACUUUGUUGCAUACGUUGCCAAAAAUAUGCAAGAAUGGCGUGCUUGUUAUGUAUUAGAAUGUGGAGGUGGACUAGCACAGGAUGUUAUAUCUACUAUUGGACAAGCUUUUGAACUACGUUUCAAAGAAUUUCUUACUAAACCAGCUGCACUACAUCCCAUGUUAAAUGGUAUUAGAGAAGCAGAUAGAGAUUACUAUAAUGAUUUACCGGGUAAAGUACCACCAGACAUUGGUCCUCCACCAGUUCCACCUUUGCCAACAACAGUGUCAACGCUGCCUAAUUUGAAGCAUCAUCACUCUGGACAAAAUCAUACAUCGCGAAGCGCACAAAACUCUGCAUUACAUGAUACCUUUUCUUCCAAUUCUGAUAGACAUCAUCAACAAUGGGCAGAGACUGGUAAUCUAAUUGACUUAAAUUCUGAUGGAACAGUAACAUCUUCUAAUUUCAAUAUACCUCCAGAACAUAAUUACGUUAACGACAGCAUUAUAGCUGCUACAAGAGAAAGUCAUCGCGAUCAAACAUCACUUUUUGAUGUAUUCGAUAUGCAACCAUUUAGUUCUGCAAUAUCGGACAUGAAUAGAUUAAGUCCACAUUCUCAGAAACAGCAGUUAAAGCAGGAAAUAUGGUUCCACGGUAGUGUUAGUCGCGCAGAAGCAGAAUCUAUGUUAACAAGAGAUGGUGAUUUUUUGGUGCGAGAAUCUCAAGGCUCUCCUGGACAGUAUGUUCUUACUGGUAUGAACAAUAAUACACCUAAACAUUUAUUAUUAAUCGAUCCAGAAGGUGUAGUUCGUACAAAAGAUCGUGUUUUCGAUAGCGUAAGUCAUUUAGUGAAUCAUCAUUGUGACAAUGUACUACCAAUUAUAUCGGCAGACAGCGUGUUAGUACUUCGAUAUCCAAUUCCUAGACGUACAACUAAUUAAUUUUUAUAAAACUACGAUAGUGAUAAGGAAAAUGAUUAAAGUUCGCAUUUGGUAUCGAAUGUAAAAUGUCGAUACUUGAUAUGAUACUUUUCAUAGUAAUUAAAAAUUUCACGAAUCAUUA